AUGUCAGUAUAUUCUACGGAUUCGUUGGAGGAUAUUAAUGCAGUUUCUCCAAGAGACCAAAGUUCUUUACACAGGAACAAUGAAUAUACCGGAUCCAAUAAAACCACGCCGAACGCUGGUACCGACAAAGACGCGAAGAUAGCCAAGACGAGGAAUGCGAUAAUUGCGAGCAGAGGAUUCGCAGACGUGCCCAAACGACGACGCCCGGCGUCUUCCAGGAACGGGAAACGGGACGUCACGGCUCGUCUUAAGGGAAACAAUGCAGACAAUUCAACGCAAGAUGAGACCAUAAGCAAGAGGUUCUCUGCGAGAUGUUCAAAGCGUUUCUCGAAGGCGUUCGCAACGAAACGCAGCUCCAUGGACAGCCCGAUGUCUAUGAAGCCUGAUAAAAAGCUCGGGAACGUGCUCCCGCCAAAGAUCCAGCCGGCGAGGAAGCCACGCUCCUAUUUGGGGCUUUAUCGUCGUAGAUUCAGUGAGCUGCAAUACAAUGCUCGAUCCCCGAAGGGAUCCACCUUGUCGGUUUGCGGGGACAGCGAACGAGAGCAGCUCAGUGACGACGAUGCACGUACGCUGGCUACCCCGAGGGACGAUCAAAGCGAGCUGAGUUUUUAUCGGCGUAUAAUCGAGGGAACCGUCGAUCCCCUGGCCUCUCUCACCGAAACCGUGCGACGACAAGGGCUCCGAGACCUCGACACGAGCUCGAGCAGGGCCAAGCAGGACGAUAAAUCGAAGAAGAGUCUCGGUUACAGGCCGUAUACCAUCGAAGAGUACAAGACUUUGUCGAUACCAAAGCUGGAUCGUUCUCUUGGGCCCGAUACAGUUGAGAUGCAAGCAAAGAGAGAGUGGCUGAUGCGGCGAAGGUCAUACGGGAACUCGGUUAGUGCGCGUAAUCGCCAGCGGAUACUGUUGCAGGCGCACAAGCUCAAGUCGGAAGAUGAUAUCGUUGAAAAAUGCUUUCUGCCUCCUUUGAAGGAUCAGGAGGUCGAUGCAAAGGCACAAGAUCAGUGUUUGAAGAUACCUGAAGAUCGAGAAAUCAUUCAGACAACUAGUAACGUGAAAAACAGGAGAUACGUAAAGAGAAACUGUGACAAAACCUCAUCGAGGAGGCCUAAGAAAUUUGAACGAACAUCGAGUUUCAGUUCGCUGCUAGACUCGAACGACGUCGUCGAAGAUUCAUAUCUGGAGUCUCUACGACAGCGUCAUCUUCAUGAGAAGCAGAUGAUCGACCGAAUUAUACACGAAGCACUGUGUCCGUGAUUGCGUGCAAACAGAAUU